GUAAUUUUCAAUUUUUGUCGCGGUAAUUCGCACCGCAUCAAAUCAUACAAAGGCUGUCACGUGAGUCGUCGGCUGCCGCCCUCCGCCAUGUCAUUUGCGCACCGACUGACUACACUCAAGACCCUCGGCGCGCGAGAUUCGGCCGCAGCAUCAUCUUCGUCGACGCAGGCCUCGACGGGCGUGCAAACACGCCCUGGAGGACCUGGUCAGCGCGUCGCGUCGGUCUUGGACAAGAGUAAACCCAGCGUGAUCGACGUCACAUGUCCGACGACCGAGGUCGAGUGGGAAGGUUACCUGUACAAGCAGUCCAAGAUCGUUAAAACGUGGACGCCGCGCUACGUGACCCUCAAGGACGGCUUGAUCAGCUACUACAAGAGCAAGAAGCAUGCGGUCGAGCGCACGCAAAACCGCGGGUCAUGGACCGUGGCCGACGUCCUCAAGACGAUUCCGUCGACGGGGUUUGGUGGGUCCAAGCUACACGCGUCUACGCUCGGAUUUAGCAUCGUCACGACCAACAAUAUGGUCUUGCAUUUCGUGGCGAUCAGUCCCACCGAGCGAGGAAUGUGGAUGCACAUGCUGCAAAAGUGCUGUGCGACGGCGAAGAUCCAAGCGAACGUGGCUGUCGGGCUCGAAGAGGCUAGUCGACCUAGCGAAAGCUUCUUUCACUUGGACCAUACGGACUCGUCCGUCUUGCUUUACGCCAAGCUCGUCCACGUCCUGUCUGACACCAGUGUGCCCGACCUCAUGGACGCCCUGCCGUUCUUUAUCCAGCACUUGAGCCAGGACAUCGAGCUCAAAUUCAACUUCGACCCGUUCGACGCAGCCAAGUACGCGUUCUGCCAUGGCGUGUACUAUGCGCGCGAAGGAUUUGUCCAUUUUGUGUCGCUUUUCCGGCAGUGCUUCGCCCUCGUCGAAUCCGCCACGAAUGCACCAACGUUAACGUCCAAGGACCCGGACAUCAUCGAACUCGUUGGUGGCCAGCUCAUCACGCGGCUCAGCUCCAAGGAAUCUAUUCCCGGACGGCUCCACGUCCGCUUCAACUUUUCGCCGUCCGGCCGCAUUUCGCGCCUCAGCGUUUACUUCAAGCAGGACAAGUCGCAGGCGCCCGUGCCGACGUCUCGCGGCCGCAGCCGCACGCUGUACACUCUCGAGUCGCACCCGCAGAAUUUUCACCUCUGCUACAAAACAAAGCGGUCGUUGCUGCUGAGCUUUCGCGACUUGUCCAUCCUUGGCGUCCUCGGCCAAGGUGGGUUUGGCACGGUCGUGCUGGUGCAGCGCAAGUCGCUGCAUGAUGAAGAAUUGUUUGCAAUUAAAGUCGUGGAAAAGAGCCAAGGCAGUGCGAGCGCUCUCAAGGAGCGGCGCAUUCUGUCGACGCUGCGCCACCCGUUUUUGGCAAGACUCCGGUUUGCCUUUCAAACGCAGUCCAAGCUGUUCUUGGGCCUCGACUUUUACACGGGAGGCAACCUGUACUACCACAUGCACGCCGCGACCAUGUCGGACGGCACGUGCGUCGAAACGAGCGGCGGAAAGCGCUUGGCAAAUCGAUCGUUCUUCCCGACCACGAUAGCAUGGCCUCGAAUAAUCGUUGGCAGAUGUGGCUGCAUUCGAUUGCCAUGGGGAGCGUUGAUAGCGUUUUGCCAUCGCAACCAUUGUGUGCAUGACGAUGACGACGUGAUGGUGGUAGGUUGGCCAUCGAACGCGCGCGAUUCUACGCGGCCGAGCUCGCGCUGGCGUUCGCGUACUUGCACACGCACGGGAUCAUUUACCGCGACUUGAAGCCCGACAACAUCAUGCUCGACCAGGAAGGUCACAUUCGCCUCGUCGACUUUGGCAUAUCCAAGCAACUGUUCCAGGAAGAGUCGACGGGGACGUUGGCCGGUUCCCCCGCAUACAUUGCGCCCGAGGUGCGACUUUUGUCCGUGGCUGGCUGACCCGCCUCGCGCUGCUUUAGCAACUGAGCACGCAAAACCCGACGUACGGGUACGCCGCCGACUGGUGGAGUUGGGGCGUGAUGCUGUACGAGAUGCUGUACGGGUCGACGCCCUUCCACGACCACAACGUAUCGGUCAUGUAUCGAAAGAUCACGGAAGCCGACGUCAUAUAUGCCAACCACUUCAAUUUGGACUCGGACGCAGUGGACUUGCUGCAGCACGUGCUCGUGCGCGACCCGUCGACGCGACUCACGUUUGCGCAAAUCCAAGCGCAUCCGUUCUUUGCAACCAUCGACUGGGUCCUUCUCCUCCAGAAGCAAGUGCCGCCGCCGUACGUCCCGCUCUCCCGCGACGUGUUUGACCAUGUGUCGCAACACUUUCGAAAAAUGAACGUCAACUCGCUCGACGACACGCCGUGCAUUGGCGUCCCGCCGCCGUCCAAAGGCGGCGUCGCUGCCCACGACCACCACUUUGACGAGUUUAGCUUUUGCUACGAACGACGGGGCGUGCGCGACGAAGCGUACAACUUGAUGAUUCAAGUCAAAGAAACGUUUUCGAGCGACGAUCGUCCGCCGAUCCCGACGCUGCUGGAACACCAGACGUCCGAGGACCUCCACGACGACGAUGACGGAACCGACAUGGACCCAGAAGUGAACUUGGUCAUCUCUGAGAUCUCGGACUUUGCCCACGACGACGUGGAAAGCAGCGAGGAAGUGGACGAGAGUUAGACGACGCGGCGACCAAUGCAGGACGUGGACGUGGCUACAUUUAUAUAAUACACGAUGUCUCACGA